AUGCCUUCGUUACAGAAAUUAACCAUCGUGACAAAUAGUGGCACCGAACACUCGCCUAUUCUAUUGGAUGAUUAUAUUCAGAGUUUAGAGAUAAGCACACCUUCUUUGAAGUACUUAAUCGUUGAAGAUUUUGGGUCCACGUUCUAUGUGAGGGUUAGAAUCAGAUCUCCAUCGAACUUCGAGGAUACAAGCAUCUACCGUCGGAUUGUACAGUUGAAGCUGAGUAUGUACAGAGGCGUAUUUGAAGAAUUGCUUAUAUAUUUGCUCGAACGUUCUAUAAACUUAUCGGUUCUCAAGAUUAAUAAACUUACAACCUUGGAUUGCUGGAAGCCGCCUAGUUCUGUUCCUAGAUGUUUACUUUCGAGUCUUCAAACUCUAAAGUGGAGAGAAUACACAGGGACAUGCGCAGAAAAGGAGAUGGUGAGUUAUCUCCUGAAGCAUGCACUAUGUUUGAAAACGGCAAAAAUCUUCGCUGAAUCAAGUGGCUUGUUCGAGAAGCAACCAAAGAUGGAUGACUUAUUUUCUAUGCCAAGAGGUUCCACAACUUGCAUGCUUGUGUUCGAUUAA